ACAUAGAUACAUUACUGAUCGUACCGGAACCUUGUGCUACUUAUUAGAAAUUGAUACGAAAUACGCUUUGCAUUUCUUAUUUAUAGUUUGCUUUAAAUUGAACGAAAAUUUGAUUAGAAAAUGUUACAAGCACUUUUCCGUUUAUGAUUUUGAUGGUAUUCAGCGCAAAAUACUCCGAAUUUUGUAAAGUACUGAGCGACAUCUAAGAUGUAUGCUAUAUAUGUAUAUAUAGUAAGAUGAACGUGUAACGAAAACUUUUUUACGUUUACAUUGUUGAAUUAAUAACUAACAAAUAUUGAAUGAUCAAUGGCAAUUUCUUCACAAGCGAUACGGCUACCAAUAUUAAUAUCUAUGAAAAACGUUUUUUUUGGUACAAACAAUUGCAAUAAGAGAUACAUUAUGACAACUUGUACAAAGCUUGAGAAAGUUUUGGAAAGACUUGAAAAAAAUCCUUAUUUUGAGAAAUAUGCCAAUAAAAUAGCGAAAUUUCAACAAACUAGUCCAGAAGAGUUCUUACAACGUGUCGAAAAUGAAGAAAAGAAGAUUCAAGGAAGGAAAGUUACAGUCCAUCUGUCAAGAUCUUGUCAUAUUCAGUCUUUAUGGAUGUUUCCAUUCGUAAUGACAAGAACACAACCAUGGAAUUAUGUUAAAAAAAGGAAUUUUAGUGAUCAUGCAAUGAAAAGCAUAUAUAUUACUACACCUAUAUUUUAUGUUAAUGCUGGACCACAUAUAGGACAUCUUUAUACAGCAGUUUUGGCAGAUACCAUAGCUAGAUUCAAUGCUAUGCUAGGACAUUCUGUGUUUUUAUGUACAGGUACAGAUGAACAUGGCAUGAAAGUUCAGAAAGCUGCAAGUAAUGUGACUUUACCUAUUCCUGAAUAUUGUACUCAGGUUUCAUGUCAAUUUCAAGAAAUGUGUGAUGUGUUUGAUGUUGAAUAUUCAAAGUUUAUUAGAACAACUGAAGAACGACAUCAAGAAGCAGUUCUUAACUUUUGGAAUCGUUUAGAAAAAAAUGGAUAUAUUUAUCAAGGAAAAUAUUCUGGUUGGUAUAAUGUAUCAGAAGAAGCAUUUGUCCCAGAUAAAGAUGUAGUAAAAAAGAAUCCUGCAAAUAUUAAUGAAGCAUAUACGGAAUCAGGGGAUGUAUUAGAAUGGAUGGAGGAAGAGUGUUAUAAAUUUCGAUUGUCUUGUUUUAAAGAUGAAUUAAAACAUUGGUUAAAAAAUGCAAAUGUAAUAGAACCGGAAAUGUAUCGCACGAGCUUGAUUCCGUGGAUAGACAAUUUACAAGAUUUAAGUAUUUCUAGACCUAUCAAGAGAGUGCCUUGGGCAAUUCCUACUCCUUCUGAUAAAUCUCAUACAGUAUAUGUAUGGCUGGAUGCAUUAGUCAAUUAUUUAACUUCAGUGGGAUAUCCAGAUGAUUCAUUUAGAAAAUUUUGGCCACCAACUGUACAAGUUAUAGGAAAGGAUAUAUUAAAAUUUCAUGGUAUAUAUUGGCCAGCAUUUUUAAUGGCUGCUGGUCUUGAAUUACCAGAAAAACUUAUAUGCCAUGGACAUUGGGCUGUUAAAGAUAAAAAGAUGUCAAAAUCCAAAGGAAAUGUAAUAUCACCUUUUGAAGCAAUGCAUAAUUUUACACAAGAUGGUCUAAGAUAUUUUCUCUUACGACAAGCAGUGCUGCACUCAGAUGCAAGUAAGACAAAGAAUGUGUGGUAUGUGUUUCAAAUAUUGCUCUUUCUUUAUUUUUUAAUAUCUUAUUUCUUCCUUGUAGAUUAUAACAAUUUAAAAAUUCAGAAAGUACUAAAUUCUGAGCUAGCCGAUACACUAGGUAAUUUAAUUAAUCGUUGUUUUGGUAAAAGUAUUAAUCCAGACGGAAUAAUAUAUAACUCAGCCGAAUAUACAAAUAUUUUAAAAUCCGAGAUAGCUCGUAAAAAUGUAGUAGCUUUGGAAGAAUUAAGUGAAAAAGCUAAGGAAUAUUAUGAGAAAUAUAAUUUGUAUUACACAGUGGAUAUUGUGAUGAAUAUGUUGCGCAUUGCUAAUCAAAUGUUUGAACAUCAUCGGCCAUGGGAAUUAAGCAAAGCUAAAGACCCCGAUUCUGUAAAGCAACUUGAAGCUGUGAUCUCUUUAGCUUUGGAAAAUUUACGAGUAGCUGCUUUAGUAUUGUAUCCCAUUAUACCAAAGUCAGCUUCUAAUCUUCUUGAUGUUCUUCAAGUUUCAAAAAGCAAUCGUACUUGGGAAGAUACAAAACCGAUUCACUUAACAAAUGCUUCGAAUGAAACAAGACACGUUUUGACGCAGAAUAUAUUAUUUUUUAAAAAAAUAAAAAAUUGAGAAAACAUUGAA